AUGGCACUUCCUGCGUAUUCUGGAUACUUCUUUACCAAAACAUUACAUAACGAUAUCAGCGUGAACACCGACCCUACCAGAACUGACUUGUCCCAACCUGGGAAAGUUGUAUUAAUAACUGGUGCUGGACGAGGAAUCGGCCGCUCAAUUGCCUUGCGAUACGCCGAAAGUGGUCCAGCGUGUAUCAUCGUUUGUGCCCGGACAGGGUCAGAGCUUGAUACACUGGAGACCGAGAUCAAGAGUAUCAAUUCCACCAUUCGAGUGCGAAAGUUUUCCAUUGAUAUCUGCAACAAGGAACAUGUUGCUUUAGUUCUCAAGACUGUUAGUGAAGAAGAAAGAAAGUUGAACGUCUUAGUCAAUAAUGCUGGUACAAGCUGUGCCUGGACGCCAAUUGCCGACAGUGAUGAAGAAGCCUACUGGGAAACAUUCCACCUGAAUCUCAAGGGUACUUACCUUAUAAUAAAGACUUUCUUGUCAUUAUUGGCUGAAACAGCAAAGAAAGAAGGUACCACUGUGGAUGUAGUCAAUUUGACUACUAUUGGAGCGAACAUCACCGUUCCAGGUUCUUCAGCAUACGGAGUGUCGAAAUUGGCUAUCUCGAGACUUACAGAGUUUGUGUGUAUGGAAUAUGGGCAGCAAGGAGUCAACUGCUUUGCGGUUCAUCCCGGUGGAGUCCCAACGACAUUGGCGAAAGGGAUUGCCCUCCCAGAAUUUUUAAUUGACACGUCGGAAUUAGCUGCUGGUUUCAUUGUCUGGCUGACCAAAGGACAGAGAACUUGGCUGAGUGGCCGAUACCUGAGUGCUACCUGGGAUGUUGAUGAGCUGGAGUCCAUGAAAGAUGACAUUGUUGAAAAUGACAAGUUGAAGAACCGUAUGGUCAUAUAG